CCACAAGAGCUACACGCUGUCGCUCCGUGUUUACUGUUCUUUUUAUCGAUAAAUAAAAAAAAAAGGACAAAGAUUCUUCGUCUGUCUUUGAGUCUGAUAGAACCCGAGGACAUUGUGUACUUCGUGCUCGGGGGCCUCGUUUUUUCGCGAUCGGGAUUUACGUUCUCUGUGGUUUUAUGACACUCGUGGAUUAUUCAGUACUCGCUGGAUUUAGUCGUGUUCUCAUGUUAAGACUCGGCCUUCUCGGAAUUAACAUCUGUGCGUUGUUUUGAGCUACGUUUGUUUACAUUCGCGGCAACCAACAUCAGUUCUCAUUCCGAGAACGAUUUUUCGUCAAGUGCGGAGUGGGGGAAAUGCCAGUGUAAUUAAUGGACUGGGGCGAUUGUGUGGAUAUUGUUUUCGGUUGUGUUUGUUUUUAACGGGGUGGCGUGAGGGGGGGAGGGGAUUCGUGUCGAUGACCUGAGUUUUUGGAGGAUUAUGGGAACGAGUUGACGUGCUGUGGGGAUUAAUUGUCGACCUGAUGUGUCCGAGAUUGCACAUAUCGCCGAUCCUGUUAGAGACAUUCAGAUGAUACGUUUGAAUGGUAAACCGUGUUACCGGUAUCAUCUCAUGAAUUCAUCGUCUGCCGAUUGGCAUAUCGACGUGUCGUAACGAUCGAUCGAUCCUUCUUCGUUUUAUUGAUCACUGAGGUUUAUUAUCCGGCUAUUCGUGAAACAAACGCUAAGACCGAACGUCCGGGCCUUUUAUUUUUCUUUUGCCAAACAUUUCUGAAUUGUUUGGUAAACGUGAAAAACGAACCAUUUAACGGCGGUAGUGCACCCAGGGCUCAACAACAUGGAUUACAGACUUUUGUCGAAUAACAACAAUAAUUAUCCCACGCAUCACCAUUGGUUUCCAAAGAUGUGCUCGUGCUUGGAGAGUGGCAAUCUGGGCCUGGCGAAUUUUCCAUCUGGCCAGGGGAGAAGUUACAAACGACUUGGUUCUGGUCCAACUCUCUUCGAUCUCAGCGAGUUUAUGCAGAGAACGAGAAGAUCGGACCUAUCCCAGGACGAAACCAUUGACGAUGAGAGACAGGCAGAGAUAAUAUUUCACAACACUGACCUUACGUGGACUACAAUUGUCGUUGAGAAGAAUUUACGUACGAUGGAUCUGUGUGAAUUGCUCAAGGUGAAAAAUCGAGCCAGUGGAAUGGACUGGUCGAUUAUCGAGACGUGGACAGACCUCGGAAUCGAGCGAACGCUCGAGGAUCAUGAGGAUAUACUCGUUGUUUACAAGGAAAUGGAACUCUUUGCGUCUCAUCAUGAGAGGAGAUUCUUUUUCCAGAGAGAUUUCAUCAAGUAUGAAUUUUUCAUCAAUCCAAAGCAAUUCUUUCCACCGGAUAUGGUUGCACUACCCAAUUUCGAGGAGAGAAAUUUUAUGAGCAGCUUCGAGAGUAAACUCAAAGAUCACCUCAUGCGAAAUGACAUGGAGUGCCCCAACGUGUUCAGUUGUGUCUGGCUGAGGGGUAAUAAUUCACAUAUUUGGAAGAAGGCGUACAUGCUGCUGCAGGAUCGUAAAUUGUACAUCGUGAAAAAGCCUCCCACUGCCACAUCAUCAAAACGUCCAAUGGAUAACGAGCAGGCAGUACCAUUUGCCCAUUUGUCCGAUUAUCACGUGUACAAGAUUCCGAACGCAAAGAAGUACUUCAACGCGCCCUUUGAGUGGGGCGCCUGUCUGAGGCCCUCCAGCAACGCUGAAGCCGAAGACACGGAGGCCGGGGUACCAGGUCUCAAGGUCAUAGCAUUCAACAGUGAAAAGUCACGCACCUGCUGGCUCACAGCCAUGAGGUUCGCCAAGUAUGGCAAGCAGCUGAGGGAAAAUUAUCGGGCAUUCAAGAAUAAACAGUGCGAGCAGAAUGAAGCCAGCAGCCCCAAGGAGCAGUACAGAGCGUACAACGUCUCAAGUGAAUCAUUCAGAUCCAGGGUAGCGAUGGACUUCACUGGUAGCGUAGGUCGGAUAGUGGAGGAUCCAAAGGAGGCGAGGGAUAUUGCGGAGAGUGAGGGCCUCCUUUGGCGACGGAGAUGGCGGCCCUUUUCCAGGUCACCUCCAGGCUGUGCUGUUUCACGAAAACACGCCCUCGAUGAUGGUGUGCACGUUCUCAAGCCUUGGUUUCACAGAGAUGUCAACAGAGAUACAGCAGCAAGUCUUGUUCGAGAGCACGGAACAGUAGAUGGAGUUUUCCUCGUGAGGGAGAGCAAGAGCUACCCAGGUGCAUUCGUGCUCACGUACAAAUACGGGGAUAAAGUAAUUCAUGCACAAAUACAACCUACAGUGGAUGAGCGUGGCAAUGGCUGCUUGUACACCCUGGACAAGGGGGUGACAAAAUUCUACGACUUGAUUCAAUUGGUGGACUUCUAUCAGCUGAAUGCUGGCUCCCUACCGACGAGACUGACCCACUACGUUGGCAACGGUUUGGCAACGUCUCCGGAGACUGAGAGCAGUUCACCCUCGCCCUCGCCCUCGUCUACGAAGCCGAGUCACAGUCCGCGAAAAAUGGACAGUAAAAAUCCGAGGAGUUGAGUAUAGGAGUCCCAGCAGUCCGCUGGUGUCAACAAACGCUUCGCUGCUGUCAGCUCGAUGAACGUUGACGAGAUUGUCAUAGUUGACAGUGUAGACGCUGUCGACGAUGACAAAGUCUACGUGAGUGAGAGCUGCGUGCGAUCGGCACCAUCGGGCUGCUGGACCAUGUUCCGGAGCAGCUGCGACGAAUGGGACACGUAGUGAUCUUACCUGAAUCAUCGUCGAGAGAUGUACGAUAUAGGGAGAUUAUUCGAUGGGUUUCCCAAUCUUCUCUUCAGGUUUCUCUUCAGAAAAUGGUUGUAUGCCAUCUAAAAAUUACUGAUUGAGGGCCAUUCAGGGGCAGACACUCAGGUGGAUGAGAACUACUAGAGGAUUUCUCCUGUUUAAAUCUUCAUGCUUCAGUAGAGGAGGUCCACGAAGCGAUGUAUAAAGUUCAGUAGAUGAGAUGAAAUAACGUGUCUUUUCCAUUUUCUACGUGUCGUGAAUAUAACCUUUAGAGUUUUUGGGGCAAUUUUUCGAGGGAUAGUGUCAGGUUAACGAGAAUCAAGGCGUCACUGACCAAUAAUCAUUUCUUUUUAGAAAUCAAUUUUAAACAGACAAUGUGGUGAAGUUAUAUAAGGGUUCUUUUCUUUAUUGAUUAGAGAUUCAUCUAAAAACCUAAUGGUUUUGGGUAGAAACUAUAGAGAAUUUUUUGUAGCUAAUUAAAUUUCCUGGAAGAAAAGUCUUUUGGUGUUUUUACCUAAAAUUUUUGGGUUUUGUGAAAAAUCGCUAUUUUAUAAAACAAGAAAAUUCGAAUUACAUACUUUCGUCACUUUGAAUUGAUUUAUCGGUUGGGCGAAUGUUUAACGAAUUUUAUUCACAUCUUUUUCGUUUUUUCAUUCGAAGUGUGUGGAGGAAAUAAUUAUUAGAUUUUCGAAGGGGUGUGCCACAAAGGAUCGUCCAAAGGGCACGUUGAGAGUUUAAUGAUGAAAUAAAAAAAUUGUUGUCCUUUGAAUUGAUGAUGGACUAAAUGAUUAAAUCGAGGAGAAUGAGGGUGAAAAUUUAGGGCUUAAGGUAUUUUUUUAUUUUUAUUGGCGAAGUAUUCGAGGCAAUUUAUCGAUGGAAAAUAGAAUAUCGCGUGAAUUUAGGGUGGCCCAGGUAGAAUUGAUCCUUUGACACUUUACUGAUCUCAUAGGCUCGAGAUGAGGGGUGAAUACAUGCAGGGGGUAGAAGUGAAUUAAAUUUGUUUAAUCGGGGUAAUUAAAGGUGAUAGAUGAGAAGAGAAUGAGAGAGAAAGAUUGAUUACCGAAUUCAUUAAUUGAUAGGGCAAUUGGAGAGUUGAGUUUUGACUGUUUAGGUAGAAUAUUCAAAAUUGAAUUAAUUUCAAUUAGUUAAAAAAAAAAAAUUAUUGAUCACCAAUCAACGUUCAAGGGGAAGUGGUGGGCAAUGCUGUAAUUAAUCGUAGAGGAUAAAUUCCCCGAUGAAAAUUUGUAAGAUUUAAAUUGAAAAUGUGUCCAGAGAUGAAAAUAACUUACGCAAUGUAUUAAUAUAACUCAUCGAGAAACACUAGUUCUAUCGAUACUUUAAUAAUAUAUUUUUUCAUGGAUUAUUUAUUUCCCUUUGUCAUUGCGAGAUGCAAAAAUUGUUUAGGAAGUCGAGGUACUUCUGCAUUCAAGACGAGAAAUUAUGAAAAAAAAAACAGCACUUUGUAUUAGUAAUAAGAGUAGGGCUUUCCUUUAGUGAAAAGUAAUCAAUAUAAAUUUGAAAAAUGAGCAGAAAAUGUUCAUGAGAAUUCUCUGCCCAGUUCUCUGUCCUCAAACAUUUGUAAAUAUAUGAAAAUUGGAAAUUCCCUUUUGAUGAUCAAUUUGUUGAUUAAUCAACUGUCAGUAAAUGAACAUUUGGCCUUUCCUGUAAAUAUGUCUAUUUAGGCCAACCCUGGUAGACGAAAAACCACUCGAAUGAUUUAGCACCUUGAACCUGCGGUUAUUGAUCAUCAAUAUUGAAUGGCGGUCGUUCAACAUUGAUUCCUCAAGUCGCAGUUAUGAAAAAAUUGUCAAUCCAUUUGAAUUCCCAAUGGAAGAGAACUGGGUAGAAGUGAAUCCAGAAUUAAUACUAAUGAAAUACUAUUGUCAAAAAAUUUAUUAAUGAGAUAAAAUGAAAAAAAAUAAAUAAAUAGAAUAUAUUUUGUAUUAUUCAUAGAACCGAAUUAAACGGCAAACGCAGAGGUCUGUGUAAGACUGAAAUUUAGGGGCAGUAACUCUUGAUAAUGCAAUGUCUGUUGAGAUACUGAUGCAACAGAAUAAAUAAAGAGGAGAAAUUUUUCUUUCUAAUUCGUAUUAAUUCAGUCAGUGAAUUCGAAUCUAGUCUUAAAUUUUUUGAUAAACGAAACAUGACAUUUUAGUAGCUCUCGACAGGCACACGUUACAACAUUAAAAAUUAUCAAUUUCUUUUGAAAAUCCAACGUUUUCAGGACUCAAGAACGUGUCCAUCAAUGAAUUAUCUCCGAAUCUGAGAGAGUUAGCGAAAUUCUUGUAAAUAUUUUUUUGGAGUUCUCAGUGAACUGUGUAAAAAAAUUCUGGACAAAAAUUGCGCUAUCUCUCACAGAUUCCGAGAUAUUCCUGUAAAAAUCGGCUGAGAGCAAAAGGAUUUGUUAUCCUUUACCCCUUGGUUACUGAAAUAAUAAAUAAAUCAAAGUACCGCGCCUCUUGAUUGCCCUUCAAUCAAUUUCCGGCUAUCAGUGGAUACUCCACCGUUGUUGGACCGUCAAACGACUCCUCGGAACAGAAAAAAAAAAUUCAAUAAAUUCCCCAGACGUCUCUGCGCUUGACGUCAUUAAUAUCGGUAUGUACGUGCAAAGCAUGAUGAAUUAAGCAAAAAGACGUGUGAUAAAGAGUAGAUACGGUUCGUGGACGGUGGCUCACAGCCCCAACGAACUUUUUUUCGCUUCCGUUCUAGCGCCGGCCAGUAUGACUCCCUUAAAAAAUAAAAAUGAUAAUCCAUCUGACCAGACACGUGUGAAAAAACUUAAUGAAAAAAAUCGUUUCUACUGGAACUCGAUAAAAUAUUUAUCAGAGUUUUAUUAGAAUUCUAUAAAAAAAAUUCAACUUGUUUUUGCGAUAAUCUAUUAAAAAAUGUAGCGAUAUCCUGUGUGUUUAAAUAGACAUCUAUUUAUAGGGAAAUGCCUAUACAUAUUGAUUUAUCUCGAAGAAUUUCUAUAGAGCUAUUAAAAUCUCAAUGGAAUAAUGCAAAAAAAAUUGGAAAUUUUAUUGCAAUUCUAAUAAACUCUUUCAAUGAAUUUUUUUCACGCGUGGAAUCCUCUGCCAACAUCACGCACUGUACUUAUCCGUUAUAAUUUCCUUCCACCACAAUAGUGCACUCUCCAGUCUCCCACACCUGAACAAGAAAGUAUAAUAAAUUAUUCCCAACCAAUUCUCCAAUGCAACAGCAUGAAGAAAUCUAAAAAAAAAAAAUACCUUUGAAUCAUCGAUGUGCGACUGAAGACUGAGAGCGUCCCUGAUCGUUCGCAUCGAAGUUAAGUUAACUCGUAUUUUAAUUCUAGAAUCUAAAAGAAAACUUAACAAAUACAUCAGUAUUAAUACCAUCGUCAGUUUAAUUCUGAUAGCGACUUCUGACAAGUCGCAUUCACCAGCCUUUGAUACCUUCUCCAAUGCGUGCUUGGUAGGCAAUUAUCUCAUCAACAUAAAAAAAACAAACCAAAUCCGAAGAUUUAAAAAACGCAUACAGGGUCUCUACGAUAGACUAAGUGUCCAAUUGAAUCCGCAAAUCACUGGAAACCCCACCUCCAACCCAAUAAAAAAAAACGCACAAAACACUCAAUGUUGCAUCAUUAGCGAUUUUAUAAUUUGAAAAAA